AUGUUAGGUAGCGCAGACAGAGACGCUAUUUGUUCGCUCUCCAUCCUCCUAGGCAAUCACCGCAACGCCUUGAGCUGUGCUGUUAAACCCCUUUCUCUACUUCUACCAGACAAAUAUGCACCCUGCGUGGUCCCCACUGUUCCAUCACCCAAGGAACUGCUCUCGCCCAACUGGGGACUCAGUCGGCCCAGAGAAUACGUCAAACUCCUUGAGGGCUUAGUCAGCUCCUGGAGGAUAUUUGCAACGAAACGGGAGGUCCACGUACUUGAUGAUACCCCCUCCUACCUCGCAUCAACCAAAGACGAGACAGUAGCAGCUAAAGACCUCACAGAAUCAGAUGGAAAUACCUUCAAGGAAUCAUCUUGCUCUCCUCCCAAUUCCCCCACUACCUCGUCAUCAUCUGCGGCAACAGCAGCAUCAAUAAGUGCGGGUGCAGCACCAAAAACUUCAAAUGAGAUAUCUAGGGGAGUCCCUGAUUCCACUGAAAAUGGGAAAGAGCGCGGCAGUAGCGCUAAACGCUACCGCAAAGCACGUGCCUAUUUUCAACCACAUCAUCUUUAUGCUCUGGAGAGCUUUUACAAGCAUCAAACCUACCUUUCAACACAUGACAGAGAACUGCUCUCUCAGAGACUCGGUCUAUCAGAGGAUAGGAUUAGAACAUGGUUUCAAAACCGUCGCAUGAAGGAGAAACGAAAACCACGAGCACAAAAAGCUGCACCGAUAAAUGUGCUAAAUCUUUCGGACACUUACGGCUCCACUUCUGUACUUCCGCUGGGCGGCACGGCCUGUGAGCUAUGCCAGGAGUCGCCAGUCCUUACCCACGAGGAUGCUUCAGUUUCCACGGUUCGUACUUCGGCUUCUCGACGUGGUGCUCAGGUUAUGUUGAUAGCCCCCGGCUUUUCCACACCUUAG